AGUGGUGGAUUGACAGGCGCAGCAACUUUCAGCACCACCGCGGCAGUGGACAGCGCCUCGGCUCCCACCGCGUGCGAUGAGCGCAGCCCACGGCCGGCCACACUCAGAGAUCGCAGCAAGCGCGGCCGCCCCGGAUCAUGGAGGCUCGCAGCGCGCUCCCUGUAAAGAGACCCGCGGCCGUGGAGAUUGAAGGCAACGGGUAGACAUCGUGCUUCAACAGCAGCAGCAGCGGCGGCGGCGGCGGCGGUGGCGGCGACGGCACACGCGCAGUACGGUACUCGCCUGUUGCAUCGGUGGGGUGGGGAGGGGAAAGGGCUGCAUCGUCUGUCGGCACUACACCCAGCGCACUUCCACAAUAGUGUGUGUCCGGGGGGGGGGGUGGAGAGGGGGCGCGCAGCCUCUCUGCCUGUCUGUCUCACUGCCAGUCUCUGUUGUCGCUCGACAGUAUCAUUCGCGCGCCUCCCCCUUAAUAAUACACACUCUCUCAACCGUGCUGGGAGAGGUGUCCCGCGGGGGGAGAGCGAGAGAGCACCCGCGAGAUAGCAAUAGUGAGCGAGCCUGCCGACUCCUCUUCCUCAUGAACGUUGCCUGCUCGCCGGGGUCCAACGUAACAUGCCCGCCCACGGCGGCGGAGGAGGAGGAGGUGGUGGAGGAGGCGAUUGCGCUGGAGGUGGUGGUGGGAGCCCCGUGUGUGAAGACAACGCACGCUUCGCUCUCCUUGCGCUGCUCAUCGUGUGCUACAUGCUCUUCGGAGCCGCGGUCUUCUCGGCUCUGGAGCGACCCGCCGAGGAGGAGGCUCGACGACGCUGGUGCAGCAGGCUGAGCAACUUCACCAGGACUCACGGCGUGAGCACAGUUGCCAUGGAAGAGCUGCUCCGGGACUACGAGGCGGCCAGCCUGCAAGCCGCGGUCGGUGCCGACGAGCUGAAGCCCCGCUGGGAUUUUUCGGGAGCCUUCUACUUUGUAAGCACCGUGGUGUCCACCAUCGGCUUCGGGAUGACGACGCCGGCGACCGUGCCGGGCAAGGUGUUCCUCAUCUUCUACGGCAUGCUCGGCUGCUCGGCCACCAUCCUCUUCUUCAACCUCUUCCUCGAGCGCCUCAUCACGCUGCUCGCCUGCGUCAUGCGCUCCUGCCGCCAGCGCCGCUUCUGGCGUAAGGGCCGGCAGGUGGCGGCCGCGUGGGUCUCAGAGGCAGGGCCCUCGGCGCCGGCGGCGGCCGCGGCCACGGCGGCCGCCCCGUGCCCCGGCGGAACGCGGCACGACGGCGGGGCCCGCGAGGCGUGGAAGCCGUCGGUCUACCACGUCAUGCUGAUCCUGGGAGCUGCAGCCAUCGCCAUCGCGUGCUCUGCGUCGGCGCUUUACUCCGCAGUCGAGGACUGGAGCUACGUGGACUCGCUCUACUUCUGCUUCGUGGCGUUCAGCACCAUCGGCUUCGGCGACCUGGUGAGCGGCCAGGCGGCCGUGGCGAAGGACGUCGACCAGAGCGCCUACCGCUUCGUCAACUUCGCCUUCAUCCUGCUGGGCGUGUGUUGCAUCUACUCGCUCUUCAACGUCAUCUCCAUAGUCAUCAAGCAGCUGCUCAACUGGACGCUCAAGAAGGUGGAGCAGGCGCGGCGAUACCUGUGGCAGCGCGGGUUUCGGCCGAGGGGACACAACGCGGUCGUUCCCAGCAACGUUCACCAGCACCAUGAGCACAAUCAUCAUCAGCAACAUCAGCAGCAGCAGCACGGUCGUCAGCAGCCUCGGACACAACAGCAGCAGCAACAACAGCACAGUCAGCAGCAUCAGCGGCAUUGGCAGAGGAGGCAGCAACAGCAGCAGCAGCACCAGAAGAUGCGCACCAUCUCCAUCGAGACGGACCUGGGCGUGGACAGCGAGACGGACGGCGGGCGCCGCAUGUCGGGGGAGAUGAUCUCGAUGCAGGAUUUCCUCGCCUCCAACAAGGUGUCGCUGGCCAUCAUGCAGAAGCAGCUGUCGGAAGCGGCCAACGGUAUGACGGCAGCGUCGGCGUCGAGCGCGCCCGCCGCUGCCGUCAAAGUGGACAACGGGUUUUCGUACGGAGUGGGCUCGCUGGCCAUCAUGAACAAUCGCUUGGCCGAGACGAGCGUCGUGAACUGAAGGAGCCCCGCUGAAUCUUUUUUUUGUUGUUGUCUAGCGGCACAUUUGGUCGCUUUGGUUCGCGCAGGACCGAUUUAUGAACACCCCCCCCCCCUCCCCAAGCGAGAAAAGGCGCGGGCGUGUCUUUUUUUGCAGAGGUUUGCGUGACCACCCUCCCAUUCUGUCUCGCCGGAGAGAUGCCAAAGGUGCACACGAGCGGUAGGAUUUGCGAGCGGUGGCUCACGUCGUCGAAAAAAACGCAAUGUGUGUGCACGGCUUCGAACGAAGGAGUACGACCACCGGCGUAAAGGUCACGGAGUUUGCACUACGAGUUGAACCACGAAAGAAAUAACCUUUUUUCUUUCGAUCAUAAGUUUUUUUCAUGAUUGAACCUGAAUAUAUUUUUUUAAAAAUGUGACAAUUUCAUUCCUUUAUAGGUCCAUCAAAAAGGGCAUGAACGUUCGUUAGAUGGCAGAAGUCAUCCGUCGAUAAGGCAAUGCCAGACCAUGCACGAGAACAUCACAGGCCAUUGAAUAGUUUGAAUGGACUUUGCUGCCCCAUCUAACUACAGCACAAGGCGAGAUGCGGCACCCUCUCACUUGCAUCCAUUGAGUGCUUUAAAGCGUAGCCCAAGUGAGCUGCAAUUUUGAAAAGUGUACUGCUGUUCACAGUGGUUACGCGAUGCAGACUAUCCUUCAUGCCGUGAUGGUAUGCCGGCAGGGACAUGGAAGGCAACUGCUGACAAACAACAUUUUCACGAGCGCAGGGAAGUUUGCGGCACUUUGGCAAAAAUAGAGUUAUGGUGAAAGAAGCGAGGCCAUUUGGAGCGCUGCUUGUACGCUCGCGUUCUUGAGACACUCCUGCGCGGUGCUUUGUCUGGUCUCGUCGCGAGACUCGCGGGUAAGUGGCGCAUGAGCUAAGCCACGCGGUGCGAAGCUGCAAUUAUAUGCGGCCAUAAAAGCGCGUAUUCAUAAAUUGUACAGGUGGCCACUAAAGCGCCAUUCGUGCGGACCGGAAGCACACUUUUGGCAUCAUUUCUGAUUCAUAUUCCAUUCAAAUAAUGAUCGACACCGCAGGCUUAUUUGUACAUUUUUUUUAACACGCUCUGCUUUGGACUAAACGCAAAAGAUUUCGCAAACGAAAUUGCAGAAUCAGAGUUGUAAAGAAGUUGAAAAAGGGACCAUAACGUGGGUGAAAUUGAAAAUAGGAAUGUUUUUUUCGUGGUGCAGUAAUUUUCCGUCGUCUCUUCCGCUAAGCAGGGGGCCUCGGCCUCUAAAUAAUCUGGGUGCUACCCACAAUCCACUCGCCAAUCACAAAGAGACGAAUGCAAUGUACGUGUGUUUUUGCCGUGCUUUGUGGUACAAAAAUUAAGAACAUUUAUCCUGCACGGCCUAUUUAGGGUGUUAAUGCAUUUAAAUUACGCUCGCACCUUAUCGGAUAUUGUCUUUGUCUCAGCCUGCACAUUAACGCACGCCUACUUAACUGAACGCUGUAAAUUUCUGCAGUUCCCUCAUCCCCCCCUCUCCCCGCCCCUCGCAUCCCCCUCCGCUUACCACAGUGCAGCAGCAGCAGCACACAGAAACCAUUUGAUGCGUUCCAAUAGCGAGAGAGAUCAUGGUGCAAAUAACAUGACGGGAAUACAGCUGUCGGAUGCGUCUCUCACUGCUUUUGAUUUCGAUUCCGGGCUAAAUCGCGAAGAUCGCAUGACAGCCCGGGAGAGCUGCGCUGACGCUUGGCACAUUGUGUUGAGAUUAAGCGGAGCCAAGGUAGUGGCUUUUUUUUUUAGCCGUUCAGGAGGAUCUGCCAGGCAAUGUGCCUGUUAUCCGCGUUCGAGAGGCAAGUGGAAUUUGAACAAAUCCACAGGCAGGCAAAUCACUCAGGAUGUUGCGGCGAUAAGAAGGCACCGUUUUUAUACGAAAAAAGAAACGUGUAGGACAGAAUAUAAUUGUAGAAAAUGAAGCCAUAGACAGCAUGUAAUGAUAAGCACAAAGGAGCAGGCGCAUGUAAAUUGCCAAGUGCCGUCGUUGAGAAGGGUAAAUAAUAAUGGAGCACUUUCUGGGUGUGUCACCACCUUUGUGGCGCAACGAAAACUGGGUUGAAUCAUGGGAAGAAUAUUCUACGAAACGGUAAGAACAGGGUCAUUUUACUGAGUGGUGUAUUAAUGACACUACUGACAACACUGGGAGUAUUUGAUGACCCGAAAAAGCUUGGGCAAAAUUCCCAGGACGGUUACACCUCAAAAAAGAGGACAUCCUGGGAAAACCAGAACAGGUAGCAACCUAAAAUAUUCACGUGACGCUUGACUAACAACCACCCUCCGGAGAGUCCGUGUGAUGGUUAGUUAUAUUUUUCCACUGAGAUGCAUAUUUAUCGACUUUCUUGCUACACAACUGUUUAUUUUGGCAAAAAAAAGUAUUGAAUACAUUCAAAAACAGGGUCAAAGGAAAUAGGCCGCGGAGUGACCUCGCACACUGCCUUACAGUUUUCUCAAAUCGUCGCAUUUUCCCCGAGAAAAUUGGUAAGACCUUGAACGCGGCAGGGCUGGGGUCAUGUCACAGAGCCCAUGGUUUAACCCCGUCUUAUGAACUCCACGGAUGCUGCCACAGCGGUGGUUAUGCAGCGCACCGGUCUUGCAACCCAGAGGUCGCCGGUUUCAUUUCAUCAUCUUCCGGUACGGUAGUUGAAACGAUGGUGCAAGUUUCCCCCCCACAACGUCUCUGACCACCCAGCAGUGUAAAUGGGUUGAUCACAGUUAUUUGAUCGGCAGGUCGCGUGCGGUGGGAUAACGCGUGGAUGCUUCCACCUCUUCCAAAAAGUCUGGUCAGCAUCGAAGAGGAGGCCAAAAUGUCCUGCUAGAGAGUCUCUCUACAGCGUCUCCCGCCAGCAUUGGCAUGAGUAAGCAACUUCAGCUUCAUGUCUCCACGUUUGGACAAUUCCGAGAAUGAGCACAUGCAUGGACAACCGAAGCCAAUUCAACCGUAGGUUUCCGCAGCCAUACUUGAUUUUGGGUAAGACCACGCAAUGAAUGAACUCACUAAUGAUAUUACUGAACCCAAAUGUCAAUGGUAAAUCACUUACUGAAGUCAUAUCAAGGUACAGUAGCUCUUAAAGAGCGGAUGAUUAAUUACCAGCGUCCACCCACUGUGGCUGGCCAAAUUCACAAUUGGGAGUCCAAUGACAGGAACAGAAUAAUGGGAAAAGGAUGUUGAAACAAGUGCGGUCUGCUACUGCCCAUGCUGUCGGAGCUUAGAGACACAUCUACAGAUGGGUUUAUUUAUAUAUUCGUAAUGAUAUCGGCGAGGGAAGAAAAAAAACCUUAGAAGACAUAAUAACGAAAUCAGCCGGCUGCUUAAGAACGAGACCUACGCGCGCGACACGGGGGAACAAGAUAUCCAAGACGCGACGCGAGCGUAGUCGCACGGUCGCUGUGAAAUUCAUGAAUUCUUUUCAGGGCCACUCUCGCUCGCUCGCGUGGCCGGAAGAGAAGCCAAUUUAAAAAAAAAGUUUCAUUGCUCAAAGUAGCAGCUGGUGUCGCGAGCCGGUUAUAUAUAUAUUUUAAAAAAUCAACGUGUCUGUGGCACACGUACGCACGGAAGCACGUUUCACUUGCACUUCGUGGCACAUGGUGUACUGCAGCCAAAAUAAAAAAAGAAGCACUCACA